CUUUACAUCAAGCACCGUGAUGAGAGACGAGGACUUGGAGGGAUAUUCUUUGAUGAUCUUAAUGACUAUGAUCAGGAAAUGCUUCUGAAAUUCUCCACUGAAUGUGCGAACUCGGUUGUACCGGCUUAUAUACCUAUAGUAGAGAAAAGAAAAGACAUGGAAUUUACAGAGAAGCACAAGGCAUGGCAACAGUUGAGGAGAGGGAGAUAUGUUGAAUUCAACUUGGUAUAUGAUCGUGGGACGACGUUUGGUCUAAAGACAGGAGGGAGAAUAGAGAGCAUUCUUGUCUCUCUUCCACUGUCAGCAAGAUGGGAAUAUGACCAUAAACCGGAAGAGGGGACAGAGGAGUGGAAGCUAUUGGAUGCGUGUAUCAACCCCAAGGAGUGGAUAUAGCUUGUGGUGAGGGCUUGAGUGAGUUUGUUUUCAUUGUUUUGAGUUUUGAGCAGCUUUAGAGAGAUUAGAGUAAUGAAGAGAUGGAUAAAGGGAGAGUUUGUAAGGUGACUGUGUAUGUGAAACAUGCGUUUGAAACGCUGUCGUUAUGUUUUAUAGAAUCCAAGCUUAAGACAA